AUGGGUGUCAAAUCUAAGCAAAGAAUCGCACCUAAGAAGGCUGCUGGUACCAGGAGGGCACCAUCCAAGAAGAUCGUUGCCGCCAAAGAAAUUGUCGAGGAGAAGGCUGAGGAGGAGUUUGAGCUGCCCAGUUCUUCUGAGGACGAGGACUUUGGAGGCUUCUCUGAUUCUGCUGAUGACGAAGAGAUAGCAGAGAUCCCAGCCGAGACCAUCUCAGAGCCCCAGCCAUCAUCUGCACAUACAGUGAUAAAGCCAAAGCAGAAGCUACAGAAAUCCCAGGAAAAGACUAAGACCAAGAGAGGCAUAAUAUAUGUGGGCCGCAUUCCACACGGUUUUUACGAAGAGGAGAUGAAGAAAUACUUCCAGCAAUUCGGAGAAAUCACCAGACUGAGACUCUCCAGAAACAAAAAGACUGGAAAGUCUAAGCACUACGGUUUCAUAGAGUUUGCGCUCUACGAGGUUGCCAAGAUCGCCGCAGAGACCAUGAACAACUACCUGAUAUUCGGCCACAUUUUGAAGUGUUCUCUGGUUCCAAAGGAAAACCUUCACGAAGACAUUUUCAAUGGUGCAAACACGAAGUUCAAGGUUGUUCCAUGGGCCAAGAUCGCACGCAGAAAGAACGAUGCCCCAAAGACGCUGGAGAAGUGGACCGAGCUGGAGAAGACAAGCGAGCUGAACAAGCAGAAGAAGCAGCAACAGUUGAAGUCAAAGGGCAUUGACUAUGAUUUAUCAUCUCUAUAA